AUGUCGCUAUCCAAACCCAUACAACACUGUCCAGCAAACUGCAGAGGCUGCGCAACCUUCGCAGCAUUCGGCGGUAGCAAUUUUCCUCCUCAACUACCUGGCUCGCCACUAGCUAAGUGCUACGAGUAUGCUCUAGAAGCAGGUAUUAUAUGCACGUCUUCAGAUUCGAAUUCGAAUGGGGAUUUGGUACCUGCGCCUUUAUUUGUACCGCCUAAGUCGGCGAGACGUGCGGUUGGUAGAUUGCUUGCUUCUGCUCCUGCUGCUGCGGCUGCUGCUGCAGAUUUCAUGGAGGAGUUUCAGAGACAGAUUGUGGCGGCUGAAGCGCAAGUGGAUGGGUAUGAGAAAAUAUUAGAGGGGAUUGUUUCUGAGCAACUAUUGCAGCAACGAAGAGCUGAGUAUACGGCUAGAAUUAAAGUACCACAUAUUAAUCAUGCGACGAAACCGGAACAAAAGGUUGCUAAUGAUACUUCAUCUGCUUCUUAUUCUUCUUCACUUGAGGCGAACCUAUCUGAGGUUGAAAAUUCUAGUUUUCCUCUUGGUCAUACGUUUAUGCCGCCGGGUGUUUUUCCGCUUGCCAAUGACCCUCUGUUCACAGUCGCAACACAUGGAGAUCGACGCGCGACGACGUUUGUGGGUUGGUAUGCGGUGCGCUUGUAUGAUGCGGUUCGAGCUUCGGGGGUGGAUGUGCGUGUUUAUGAGCUAAGAGGGAAAAGGGAAAAGCCGGGCGUGAAACGUUGGAUGUGUAGUUUGGGGAUGGAUAAGGAUAUGUCUAGGGUGAAGAAUAUAUUGGAUAAGGGAAGGGAUGCUGUGGUGGCGGCGGAGAAAAGCAACAUUAGCGCGUUGAAGUUGUUGAAGGAUUAUGAGAUAAUGAGUAGGGCGGUGGAGAGCAGGUUGGAUAUGCAGAUUGCGUAUCGGAAUGUAGAGCAGCUCGUUGUUGAUAGCCAGGAGGAAGAGGAGAGUCAUCAGCCGUUGAUGGAUGGACCGUUCAAUGACGAGGCUAUACGUAGGAUGGUUCAAGAAGUUCUUGAUUUCAAGUUCAGCCCUCUCGAUUGGGACGGCCCGGACUGGAUUGGAUGUGCAGCGAGCAUUUUCUACUUACCACCGCGACAAAGGCCAUUGUGGGGUUCUAACAUUAAUGGGCUUGUCACCGACGAUCCAAGCGACGAGACGCCGUGUACAACAUAUGUCCGAUUGGCGCCUCCAAAGCCGAUGGAUUUUAGCUGGUAUCAUAGACGUAACGAAGAGGAAAGAGACAAAGCGAAAUAUGAAUGGCCACAACAAGUUAGAUGGACGAUGAGUGAUGGAGUGAUUCUGGAAUUUUCGAUGGAUCAAGUAUAUGAUAAUUUGACUCAUAAAUUCUCGGUGAUCAGGAAGCGCCUCAUAGAACAAAAGGCUGCCGCAGAUAACACUUUGAUGGGGAUUUGGUCAUCAUGGCAAAACAUGGCGAAAGGAAUGAAUAUUUUUGGAUGGUUUUGGGACGAAGAAAAACGCAUAUUGGUGAAGGGUUAUAGCGGACACAAUGAUUAUGAGAAAGACUGCGAUUGGAUUGAUACAGAGAUGGAUAACUGGAAAGGAAGUGUAGAGGAAUGGUUGGAGGCCAGACAUGGAGCUGCCAACUCUAGCAACCUUACCACAAAAGAACUUCGACAUACUAUGAUUGGCGAUCAUCUAUUGAGGCAAUGGAAAGAAGGACCGGGAAUCAUGGUUUCGAAAACUCCAAGCAAUGAAAAGGUCGAAGGAUGUCUUUUGUGUCCUCAUACUACUGAUAACGCUUCGCAUAUCAACUAUCUCACUGCUCGCAUUGCCGAUGCAACCAGACAGCGAGCGAAGCUUGAGAGAGACUGGUUUUUUGAGAGGGCGACUGAGGAUAGCUAUAGGGCUAGGAAAGAGUUGAUUGAACACAUGGAAAUGUUGGAGACCUUUAAAUUCGAGAUGGGAGAGAAAAAUCUUCGGGAAGAGAUACGAGGCAAAGUCAGAUCUUUAAGGACAAAAAUACAAGAAGGGAGCUGA